GGAGUCUAAUUAAAAUGUUUCCAGCAGCUAGCGGUUUCUUUUCUUUUCCCGCAAGUCAAGAGCAAGCCGUUUGUUUUUCUUGUUUCUCAGUCUCACACCAAUGGCCGAUGAUCAGCUUGCACAAGCAGCGGGGACGAGUUCUUCCCAACUUUGCAAAGCCGAGUUCUCUGAUCGCGUGCUCGUCAGAUCCAUCCUUUCUCAACCUGAAGGCGGGGCCGAACUCGAUGGCCACCGCGUACGCAUCGGCGGGUGGGUCAAAAACGGUCGGAAGGCCAACAAGGGCGCCUUCGCUUUUCUCCACGUCAACGACGGGUCAUGCCCUGAAAAUCUUCAGGUAAUCGUGGACGCCGAUAAGGCCGACCUUGGGAGGCUCGUGCACGCCGGCACUUGCGUUCAUGUUGACGGCUUUCUGAAGAUCCCACCAGCUGGGACCCAGCAGAAAGUGGAGCUUUGGGUUCAGAAUGUGCUCCAUUUGCGUCAGGUCGACGACCCUGCUACGUACCCUUUACCAAAGAAAUAUCUUACGCCUGAGUAUUUAAGGGAAGUUGAUGCUAUUCAUCUUCGCCCAAGAACAGACACGUUUUCCUCAGUUCUUAGAAUCAGAGAUGCCCUUACUUAUGCAACCCAUACGUUCUUUCAUAAGCACCAUUUUCUUUGUGUGCACACUCCAAUUAUCACCAGUAGUGAUUGCGAGGGUGCUGGUGAAAUGUUUCAAGUAACAACAUUGUUUAGUCAAGCUGAAAAGUUGGUGAAGGAGCUUAUUAAGAAUCCUCCUCCAUCAGAGUCAGAUGUCGAAGCUGCCAAACUUAUUGUCAAGGAGAAAGUUGAAGUGGUUUCCAAGCUGAAAUCCGAUGACAAAACAAGCAAGGAAGAAAUUGAUUCUUCUGUGACUAUACUUAAAAAAGCAAAGGAAGGUCUCUUGAAGCUGGAAAAGAGAUCAAAGCUUAAACCGGGUAUUCCCCAGAAAGAUGGAAAAAUUGAUUAUUCCCUAGAUUUCUUCGCCCGUAAAGCAUAUUUGACAGUUUCUGGCCAACUGCAAAUUGAAAGUGUUGCUUGUGCUCUUAGCAGUGUCUAUACUUUCGGGCCUACAUUUCGUGCUGAGCAUUCUCACACCUCAAGGCAUUUGGCAGAAUUCUGGAUGGUGGAGCCCGAAAUAGCAUUUGCAGAUCUUGAGGAUGAUAUGAACUGUGCAGAGGCUUACGUCCAGUUUCUGUGUCGGUGGUUACUUGACAACUGCAUUGAUGAUCUGAAGUCUAUGGCUGAUAAAUUUGAUAAAAGUUGCAUUGAUCGACUAACAAUGAUAUCUUCAUCCCCCUUUGAGAGAAUAACAUAUACAAAAGCAGUGGAGCUGCUAGAGGAGGCUGUGAAAAUGGGCAAGGUGUUUGAAAAUCAAGUGGAGUGGGGCAUUGAUCUGGCAUCUGAGCAUGAAAGAUACUUGACUGAGGUUAAAUUUCAGAAGCCUGUUAUUGUGUAUAAUUACCCAAAAGGAAUAAAAGCAUUCUACAUGAGGCUCAAUGAUGAUUCUGAUACAGUGGCUGCUAUGGAUGUCCUUGUACCUAAGGUGGGAGAAUUAAUAGGUGGAAGCCAGAGGGAGGAGCGUUAUGAUAAGAUUCUAAAAAGGAUAAGGGAGAUGGGAAUGUCAACAGAGCAAAUCGAGCAAUACAAGUGGUACCUUGACCUUCGUAAAUUUGGGACAGUAAAACACAGCGGUUUUGGAUUAGGCUUUGAAAGAAUGGUGAUGUUCGCAACGGGCAUCGACAACAUUAGAGACGUCAUUCCUUUCCCUAGAUAUCCGGGGAGAGCAGAUGUUUGAUUUUUAAUAAUAUCAUUGACAUUUGGUUUUAUUUAUGUUUCAAUUUGUUUGUAUUUAAAUGUACCAUACUGACACGUCAUUGCAGUUGAAUUAAGAAUAUCAAUAUAAAAUAAAAUGUAUGAAAAUGUAAUGGUAAUUAUUUUUUACUUUGUCGAAUUAGAUUUUCUAUUCAUUAC